UCUCCUGCCUGCCUCGGGGGGAAUUCCUCGCGAUCGUCUGCUCGUUUGUAUGUUUCAUUUUGACUGGAAAACCCAUUUCUGGAAGACACCUCAGAACCAUCAGCAAAUAGCCCGGCGUCUAUUGAAAAGAAAUGCUGAGAAAUACAUAAAGCUUUCCUCUUCUGCCUCAGAUAUUUACAAUGGGUAUCGGGAAGUCUAAAAUAGAUUCCUGCCCUCUUUCUCUCUCUUGGGGUAAAAGCCACAGCGUGGAUACAAGUCAAGGACAUGAGUCAGCUUCCAAGAACUCUGAAGGUUUCUCCCUGUGUGAUGUUUCUGAGCAAGGCAAGACAACAGAGGAGCCCCCAGGGAGGCGGGAGGGAGCUGAGAGAGUGGCAGAGACACCUGAAGAAGACGCUGAAGAAGAGGUGUUCCUCAAAUUUGUGAUACUGCAUGCUGAAGAUGACACGGAGGAAGCUCUCAGAGUCCAGAAUCUGCUACAAAAUGACUUUGGUAUCAAACCAGGAAUAAUCUUUGCCGAGAUGCCCUGUGGCAGGCAGCAUUUACAGAAUUUAGAUGAUGCUGUCAAUGGGUCUGCAUGGACAAUCUUAUUAUUGACUGAAAACUUUUUGAGAGAUACCUGGUGUAAUUUCCAGUUCUACACGUCCCUCAUGAACUCCGUUAACAGGCAGCACAAGUACAACUCGGUCAUCCCCAUGCGGCCCCUGAACAAUCCCCUGCCCCGAGAAAGGACUCCCUUUGCUCUCCAAACCAUCAACGCCUUAGAGGAAGAAAGUCGUGGCUUUCCUACACAAGUGGAAAGAAUUUUUCAGGAGUCUGUGUAUAAGACACAACAAACUAUAUGGAAAGAGACAAGAAAUGUGGUACAAAGACAAUUUAGUGCCUGAGAGGAAACAUAGACUGCAUGGCUGGCUCCUGUUUCACAAACCAAAUGGUUGAUCUUCACUUGAGAAAGCAAUUUCUGGAAAAUGUUUACAUGAAAGAGAGCCUCAUCCUU